CCACGCGCCCUCUCUUCCCUUCUCCUCAUUCCCCUCCCUCUGGCGACGCCAAUAGCCUCCAGGACCAGUCGUCAUGUCGUUCACACAGAGUCACCCGGCCGGCCAGCCUGACUGGAACAACCUGAGCGUGCUCCACAGGAACACCCUCGAGCCCAGGGCCAACUUCUACAUCUACAACUCGGCCAAGGACGCCCUCUCCUACGACGUCCAGAAAUCAAAGACACACUGCCUGUCCGGCACCUGGAAGUUCCAGCACUCGCCCAACCCCUUCGAGGCCCCCGAAAGCUUCCACGAGCGCGCCUUUGACGCCUCGGCCUGGCACGAUGUCGCCGUCCCCAGCAUGUGGCAGCUCGACGGCUUCGGCAAGGGCCCCCACUACACAAACGUCAACUUCCCCAUCCCCGUCAACCCGCCCAACGUCCCCUUCGACACCAACGAGACGGGCUCCUACCUGAGGACCUUUACCGUGCCUCAAGAGCUUCGCGACUCGCAGCUCCGCCUCCGCUUCGAGGGCGUCGAUGCCGCCUACCACGUCUGGGUAAACGGCACCGAGGUCGGCUACCACCAGGGCUCCAGGAACCCGGCUGAGUUUGACAUCUCAAGCCUGGUCGACAAGGACGGCGAGAACACCGUGGCCGUCCGCGUGUACCAGUACUGCGAUGCCACGUACAUUGAGGAUCAGGAUCAAUGGAGAAUGAGCGGAAUCUACCGCGACGUCUUCCUGAUUGGGUUCCCCAACGAGUCUCGCAUCGAGGACUUGUUUGUCCAGACCAUCCUGGACAAGGAGUACCACAAUGCGGACCUCAAGGUCCGCGUCAACACUACCGGCUCCGGCGAGCUCAAGGUCGAGCUCUAUGACUCGGCCAAGAGCGCCGUCGUGGCAUCAGACACAAAGUCGGCGUCAGGCAGCCAGACCGAGUUUUCCCUCGCCGUCGAGAACCCCGCGAAAUGGACGGCCGAGACGCCUAACCUGUACCACCUCGUGGUUUCGCUCAAUGGGUCGACCUUCAUCGCCCAGAGAGUCGGCUUCAGGCAGGUCGAGAUGAAGGACGGCCUCAUCAAGGUCAACGGCAAGCGCAUCGUGUUCCGGGGCGCCAACCGCCACGAGCACCACCCCAAGUUUGGGCGUGCUGUGCCGUACGAGUUCAUGAAGCGCGACUUGCUUCUCAUGAAGACGCACAACAUCAACGCCAUCCGCACGUCGCAUCAGCCCAGCGAUAUCCGACUGUACGACCUGGCUGAUGAACUUGGCUUCUGGGUCAUGGACGAGGCCGAUCUCGAGUGCCACGGCUUCGAGUCCAUCUGCGACGCAGCUCUCACGCCUGCGGAGCGAAAUCUCCCAUUCCGCGAGCGACAGCUUAUCACCCGUGAGGCUGCUGCCGAGUGGACAAGCAACAACCCGGAGUGGAAGGAAGCCUAUGUCGACCGCGCAAUCCAGCUUGUACGUCGCGACCAGCUCCAUCCCUCUGUGGUCGUUUGGUCGCUAGGCAACGAGGCGUUCUUCGGCCAGAACCACGUCGCCAUGUACGAGUAUAUCAAGUCCUAUGACGACAGCCGGCCGGUCCACUACGAAGCCGACAUCCACGCCGACACCGUCGACAUGUACUCGCGCAUGUACCCCGGUGUCGAGGAGAUUGUCGAGUUCGCCAAGGACGAGACCAAGAAGAAGCCGCUCGUGCUGUGCGAGUUUGUGCACGCCAUGGGCAACGGCCCCGGAAACAUCAAGGAGUACAUUGACGCCUUCUACGAGUACCCGACGCUGCAGGGCGGUUUCGUCUGGGAGUGGGCCAACCACGGCCUGCUCACCAAGGACAAGGAGACUGGCGACGAGUUCUUUGCCUACGGCGGCGACUUUGGCGACGAGCCCAACGACGGCAACUUCAUCUUUGACGGUGUCCUGUUCUCCGACCACACUCCCAACCCCGGCUUGGUUGAGUUCAAGAAGGCUCUGGAACCUGUCCAGAUCAUUUCGCAGUCGGCUGACAAGAUCACCAUUGUCAACCGCUACGACUUCAUCGGUGUCGAGCACCUCGAGGCUCAGUACAAGAUCCUCGACGACGGCCGGCCCACCGGCCAGGCUGGUGUGCUUGAACUGCCAGCCAAGCUGGGCGCCGGGGAGACUGCCGAGAUUGCGCUGCCAAAGUUGACCUCUGAACUCAAGGGCGAGGGCAUCCUGCACAUCUCCUUCAGACAGAAGGAGGCCACUGCCUCUCUGCCUGCUGGUCACGAGAUUGCCUUCGAGGACGUCUCCCUCAAUGGCACUAGCUUCCCUCUCACCAUCGCCCCUAGUGCCUCGAGUGGCAAGUUGGACGUCCGCCAGGCUUCCUCUGGCAGCCGGCCCAUCACCAUCUCGACCCCGUCGACUACCUGGACUUUCUCCCCGAUCACGGGCCAGCUCAAGUCGUGGGUCAAGAACGGCGUCUCGGUGCUGUCCUCCGCGCCCGUCUUCACGACCUGGCGCUCGCCAACCGACAACGACACCCCGCAGGACGGCUGGGACUGGAAGGAGCGCCUGCUGCACCUGGCCCAGACACGCAUGGUCGGCAGCACUGCGGGUUUCGUCUCUGGUAGUGACGCCAACGGCGGCGCCUUCGAGAUCAAGGUCCAGCAGCAGUUCAGCCCUCCCGUGCUGAGCUGGCGCAUCGACCUCGACGUCACCUACACCUUCUACCCGUCCGGCGCCGUGUCGAUCCUCACAAAGGGCAACCCCGUGGGUGAGAACCUGCCCCGGACCCUCCCGCGGAUCGGAUUCACCAUGGAGCUCCCGCCGUCCUUUGGCGCGCCGCCCAAGGCAGCGGCCACCGCCGCGGCCGCCGCCGCCGCUGGCCCCCAGCAGCAGCAGCAGGGCCUCGAGUCCGUCAGCUGGUUCGGCCGCGGACCGGGGGAGAGCUACAGCGACAAGAAGCUCUCGCAGCGCGUCGGGGUAUGGGGCGCGCGCGCGGUCGCGGACCUGUGGGUCGAGUACGAGAAGCCGCAGGAGGGCGCGAACCGGACGGACACGCGCUGGCUCAAGCUGUCGUCGCACUCGGACGGCUCCUCGGCCGCGGAGCAGGCGACGACCCUGACGGUCGAGUUCCGCGACGUCGUGGCGGGAAGCAGCAGCAGCGGCGGCAGCAGGAAGCUGUUUGACUUCCAGGCGAGCCAUUACCGCGUGCAGGACGUCGACAAGGCCAAGCACCCGCACGACCUGCGCAAGAGGCGCACCGACAAUGUCGUGCUGCGGCUCGACGCGGCGCACCACGGCCUGGGCAGCGGGUCGUGCGGGCCUAGGACCCGGGACGAGUACGCGCUGCUCACCAAGGCGUUUGAGUUUGAGAUGAUGUUGGAGUAGAAGAGACUCUCUCUCUCUCUCUCUCUCUCUCUCUCCAAGAGACACGAUGUUGUGGGCCAGGACGAACAAAGGUAUACAGUUUAGAUCUUGAGGCUCGCAGGUAGAGGGGAAAUCAGACAAAACUUGCAAGUCACACCGGUCCAAAAUUGGACGAGGGGGGAUUUGAAGGUUUCCGCUGUGAUAUGAUGACUUGAUGUAAUCGUGUUCGCUGGAGAGAUAAUCGUGUGUGUUCGUCGACCAAGACUGAUCCGAAUCGCACGGAAGGUCUUUUUGUGAACUUGGACCACCACAAAAGAGUCAUGGUUCAGUCCUCUUUGACUGUAUGCUACUGUCAUUUGCCAGC